AUGACGGAGAAUGAUAAGUCGUUUAUUGGAAUUGAAGCUUCCUUAUCCGAUGAAGAAAACUUUAUUUCAAUUUCAAGUGACGACGAUGCAGAUUAUGAUGCAACUAUUAAUAUGGUAAAUGAAUUUCUUAGUAAUUUCAGUAAUGCAAAUCUUGAAGUCGGUUCAUCGUCAACAUCAGUGGGAAAAGUGCAAGGCUAUGAAGACGCUUACGUAUUUGAUUCUUCUGAUGAUGAUAUGGGAACCUUACCUGCAACUGCUCCUCCUGUGCAAGAUUACGUGGGAAAAGGGAAACAACGGGCCGAUCCUAUUCCUGAAGGCUUUAAUUUUCAUAGCAAUUCUAGAUAUGAUACUCACGAUAUUCAAGAAAUACAAACGCCUCAAGAUCAAAACACUGAAGUUGUUAUGUCCGAUGCAAAUAACUCACCAUCUUUUCCGAAUAAGAAUUCAGUGGAACGAAAUGUUGCUCUUUUUCCUUCUCAACCCCCAAAUUUUCCUGAUUGGGUCACUCGAGAUAUAAUGAUACCAUGUCCAUUAUCGGAAACUCAACGAGCUUUAAUUUCAAAUUUGAUAUUAGAUCGAAAACUUAUACAGUAUUUAAGCAAGGUGUCUGAUAAUGACAAUGCUGACGCAGAUUCUCUAAUAAGAACGAAAAUUAAUGAUGCUCUUAGAAUUAUCGAUCAUGAACCAGUAGAAGCAAUAAAUGGACAUUUAUUCAACGGUCCAACGAAGAGAUGUCUUGGCUAUAAUAGUUCCGAAAUAAGAUUUUCUGUUGAAAAAUUAAAGAUGCUUCGAUACAUAUUAGUCCAGUUGAAAUCUUUUCGAUUGACUAUUGGCAUUGCUGCAUCAAGUGUAACAACUGGUCUUACUUUUGAGUCUGUUUGGAAUUAUCGAGAAAAAGGAGAGAUAACGACAGAUACCCUAGCUGAGUGUAAUAUUAAUAUUUCUGAUAGUUCUGAUGAUGAAAUAGAGGGACCAAUAAAAGACAAUGUUACUAAACAAGGUGCUAAACGGCAAACGGACGAAGCAGAAUCUUCAUGGCAGAAAAGAUCACGACCUAAUCUUGAUGAAACGCUAACUAUAUCUCAGUUAAGGGAGCAUAUUCUACAACUAGAUGAACGUAUUAAAAACCAAGAUGAACUUCUUAAAAAAAAAGAUGAGCAUAUUAUGCAACAAAAUGAACAUAUUCAAAAACAAGAUGAACGUAUUCGAAAAAAAGAUGACUAUAUUCAAAAACAAGAUGAACGUAUUCGAAAAAAAGAUGAACAUAUUCAAAAACAAGAUGAACAUAUUCUACAGCAAAACGGUAUGAUCAAGCAACUUCAGGAGAAGAACUCGGAAUUAAAUUGUAAUUUUCAGCAAACAGGGCUAGAAAAUAGAAGGUUGAAUCAAGAACUUUCUCAAUUUCGCCAAAUGACGUAUG